GAUAACUUACUCAACAUCCCUCUUGGAUCUCCCACUUUUCUCUCUCUUUCAAAAUCCAGAAAUAGCAAAAGGGAGAGAGAAAGCACACACUCUGUGCGUGUGUGCGUGCACUGCUUUAACCUUCUCUGUAGAGAGAGAAACGAGAGAAAGAGAGAGAGAGAGAAAUGGAGGACUACAACUGUAAGCGAAUGGCGGCCAUGGACGACUCCACCAACGCAGCCGUAUCCAAGAGGAGAAAAGUUACUGCUUCAACGCCGCCAUUGCCUCCAACUCAAACAAUGCUUCAGCUCCUCAAUUCCCAGGACUCCUGCUCCACCCUUUGCUCCGAUCACUCUCCGCCUCCUUCCUCUUGCUGCUCCAGCAACGAGCUCAGCGAUGUCCCCGCCGCCGCCCGCAGCUCUCCGCUCCUAGAUCUGGAGUCCAAGAGUUUCAAAACGGCAUUCUCCAACUCGACCUCCUUCGUCAACAAUAAAUUCAGGGAAACGACGCCGUCGAGCGAGCUGUGCCUGGACUCGGACGAAAUGUCAUCGCCGGCGCCGCCGGUGUCUCACCGACGGAGAAUCCCGGAGAGAAAAUCCCCUCCGUUUGAAGAGAUCGAAGAGUUCUUCGCUGUGGCUGAGAAGUACGAGCAGCGCUUUACAGAGAAGUACAACUAUGAUAUCGUCAAGGACGUGCCUCUGGAUGGUCGGUACCAGUGGGUUCGUUUGAAGCCAUAAGCAUUUCAGUUGGCUAUAGAGAGAGAGCAGGUGGUGGGUAUAUUACAAUAAACUGACACUCGGUAGGACAGAAAGUAGCAUGCAACUUGUAAUUUCAUGCAUGGAGAUGAAGGUGGAGAGAGCUGAUCUGGGUUUUUGAUUGUACAACCUUCUCUUUUCUUUUUAUGUCACAACAAAUGGAAGCUUCUAAUUCUCUGCAACUUCUCCCAACUUUUUUUUAAUUAAUUAAAUUCUAAAAUUAUA